CAUCGGAGACACCCGGAAGUGGUGCACCUAGAAGGCUGCGGAGGAAGAGGCCGAACCGUAGAGAUGGCGAGCGCUACGGCUGCGCCCGCAGCCGCAGCCCCCGACCUGGCUCCAACUUUGGAGCAACUUCGGCUCUUAGCCGGGGAGCUGCGGCUGCUCCUGCCUGGACUGAGGGUCGGUGAAGCCCAGGAGACCACCAAGGAGUUUAAUCGCGAGACGUUUUGGAGAAGACUCAACGAGGUCGCGAUGCAAGUGUCAAGGGAAGCCCUGACUCUGACCACAAUCUUCUCUCGACCGCCUCUGCCGUCUCCACAGGAAACCCAGAGUCUCUGUGAACGAAUCCAUGUUGCCAUCAAGGGGACUAUAGCAGUAUAUUACUCACUUCCUAAGGGUCAAGGAAUCACCUUGAGAAAGCUGGUACGGAAUGCUACUCUGGACAUCGUGGACAGCAUGGCUCAGCUUGUGGAAGUGCUUGUCAACACUCCUACUCAGAGCCCCGAGAACACUGACCUUAUCUCCUGCAACAGUGUCUUUAUUGCCUGUGAGCAUGUCCCCCGGAUACCAAGAGAUAACAAAGCUGCAGCCCUUUUAAUGCUGACAAAGAGUGUGGAUUUUGUGAAGGAUGCGUAUGAGGAAAUGGAACAGGCUGUGGAGGAAAGGGACCCUUACUCUGGCCUUUUGAAUGACACUGAGGAGGACAACUCCGAUAACCAGGGCAAUGGUGGUUUGGGGUCUCCAAACAAUCAGGAUGCAUAUUGGUCUCAGGAAGAUCAAGAGCUCCUAACACCAUGCCUGGCCCUGGUGAGAGCAUCCAAAGCCUGCCUGAAGAAAAUCCGGGUCUCAGUGGCAGAGAAUGGGAAGAAGGACCAGGUGGCCCAGCUGGAUGACAUUGUGGACAUUUCUGAUGAGAUCAGCCCUAGUGUGGAUGACUUGGCUCUGAGCAUAUAUCCACCAAUGUGUCACUUGACGGUGCGAAUGAAUUCUGCGAAACUUGCCUCUGUUUUAAAGAAGGCACUUGAAAUCACAAAAGCAAGUCAUGUGACCCCACAGCCGGAAGAUAGUUGGAUUCCUUUACUCACUCAUGCUGUUGAUGAUUGUAUGAACAGAAUCAAGGAGCUCACUCAAAAUGUACUUGGAUUAUGAGUUUUCAGAUUUAUUUGUACCCGUCCCUCACCUUUUCCUAUUGUCACAGGUGGGCUCUGAUGUCUACUUUUAAAAUGGAGCGAGAAUGCUGACACCAAAAGGGCAUUCCUGUCUAUAUUUAUUAAAGGAUACUAUUACCAAAGAUUGUUGGCUAGGCUAGUCUGGUAAUUAUUUAUAAAUCUUGUAUAUCUAUUUUUCUGUGGUAGAUAAUUGCAUGAGUUUAUGCUCCUGAGUUAGCUUUUAAAGAUUCCUGAGGAAGCUGGCUGCCUUAUUCCUUGUUUGCAAUAAAGUGUGUUAUUUAAUUAUUAA